GAAUGGUUGAGGAAACUAUAAUUUAUAUUUUGUCAUUACAAUAGCUUUAUAUAAAAAAGAUUUUGAAAACCGACAUUACAUCGCGAUCCAUCUGCGCAUGGAUGGACACAAACCAAACCGAUGUUGGGAAGCUCGUCACAGUUUGUUCUUCUAUUUAAUUAAAUCUCAUUUUGCCCUUUUCAUUUUCCAACCAACACCAUUAUUCAAGAUCGAGAGAAGUGAAGAGUCGACAAGAACAUAGAGAGAUUGAUUACACAGUACUUCUCGAUCGAUCCAACGAAUACGAAAGUAGGAUCGAAGGGUUGUUAUUAAUAAGGAAGAAUGACAUAUCUGUAAACCAAGAUUAUUGAUGUUUGGUUGUAGAGUGAGAAAAGCAAAGACGAGUAACAGUUGAGAGAAGGUGUGUUUGUAUGGGCUGCUCUGUGUCGAAGAAGAAGAACAAGAAUGCAAUGCGACCGCCGGGAUAUGAGGAUCCCGAGCUUCUUGCCUCCAUUACGCCAUUUACGGUAGCUGAAGUGGAGGCUUUGUAUGAACUGUUCAAGAAACUAAGCAGCUCAAUUAUUGACGACGGUCUGAUUCAUAAGGAAGAAUUCCAGCUGGCUUUAUUCAGAAAUAGGAACAGGAGGAAUCUCUUCGCUGAUCGGAUAUUUGAUGUAUUUGAUGUGAAGCGAAAUGGAGUGAUCGAGUUUGGGGAAUUUGUCCGGUCCUUAGGCGUCUUCCAUCCAAACGCACCGGUCCACGAAAAAAUCAAAUUUGCUUUCAAAUUGUACGAUUUACGGCAAACUGGAUUCAUCGAGCGAGAAGAAUUGAAAGAGAUGGUAAUCGCGCUUCUUCACGAAUCAGAACUAGUUCUUUCCGAAGAUAUGAUCGAAGUAAUGGUUGAUAAGGCUUUUGUGGAAGCAGACCGCAAAAACGACGGAAAAAUUGAUAUAGAUGAAUGGAAAGAUUUUGUAUCCUUGAAUCCAUCGCUCAUCAAGAACAUGACUUUGCCCUAUCUAAAGGACAUAAAGGGGACGUUUCCAAGUUUUGUUUCAUCUUGUGAAGACGAAGAAUUGGAAUUAUAAAACGUAUCUUUCUAAUAGAAGCCAUGCAAGAAAGAUAAAUAUAUUAUAUAAAUGAAUAUUUUUGUACAAAAAAUCUUAAAGAGGACGAUAGAGAUGUAAGUUAGGAUUCGGAAAUAAACCGAUCUUGAUAAGGAUCUUGUACU